AUGGUGUUGGAAGGACUGGCGGAUUUAUCUGUAGAAGACGGAGGAGAACAAAAAGAAAACGGCAAUGGAACGCUCAAUCCGAUAAAUGAAAUGACACGGAAUAGUGGAAAAAGGCAAACAUAUUUGACGUGGGAUGAGUCGUUCAUGGCCAUAGCCUGUCUGAUAUCUCAGCGAAGUAAAGACCCCGUCACGCAGGCUGGUAUCGUUGAGGUGGUUUAUCUGAGGAAGAAACCAAACAAAGAAACUGAUAAAGCGACGGAAGUUAUGUUCAAAUUUGCGAAGUGUGAAGUGCAAAUAUUGGAAUCGGUGACCACACAACCAAUUUCAGCGAAGAAGUCCAGCAGAGUAUGGAAACCGAACUUUCAGAUGACCGGAAUGUCACGCACCGGAUGGCCUACAGCUGGAAAACCGCAAACAGUCAGUUCAGUAAAUACGACGAUUAAGAAAGAAAGUGAAGCUAAUGGAAGUACGGACCGAGCGAUUAAUCUAUAUCCACUAACGAACUACACGUUCGGAACAAAAGAGCCACAAGCAGAACGAGAUCAUUCCGUACAAGCACGAUUCCAGAGGAUGCGUGAGGAGUACGAUAAGAUUGGUAUGAGGCGCUCUGUGGAGGGUGUGUUGCUGGUUCAUGAACAUUCGUUACCUCACGUUCUUUUGCUGCAGAUUGGAACCACUUUCUUUAAGCUACCUGGUGGUGAACUGAAUCCAGGAGAGGACGAAAUCGAUGGAUUGAAAAGAUUGUUGACGGAGACUUUGGGUCGACAAGACGGUGCGAAAGAUUUGUGGACAAUUGAGGAUGCGAUUGGAAAUUGGUGGAGACCGAAUUUUGACCCACCGAGAUAUCCGUACAUCCCAGCGCACGUCACUAAGCCGAAAGAACAAACCAAACUCUUCCUGGUGCAACUGCCCGAGAGAGCGUUAUUCGCAGUACCGAAAAAUUACAAACUGGUUGCGGCGCCUUUAUUUGAAUUGUACGAUAAUGCGGCUGGUUAUGGGCCACUGAUCGCGAGUCUACCUCAGACUCUGAGCAGGUUAUAUACAGUCGUUUAUUAG